UUCUCUCUCAGAGAACAGGGGGAAAGCAAAUCACAGCUUCAAAAGCAAAAGCAAAAGCAAAAAGAUCACAAAUCCUCUUGGCAGUCGACACUUUAGAAAGCAAAAAAGCAUACCCAUAACCAAAGCUGACCACAUUAAGCAACUCAUGGCGAAGAUCCCACAUAUAUACUCUGAACCCAUGUCAUAUUCUCCCUUGUUCACAAUCCCAUCAUUCCCUUUGAGCUCAGAACAAUGUCUGAGAUUGUGGUUGCAGAGCCUAUCUAUGAAGAUGACCCACCAGAGCCGAAAAGACCCAUUACAAGGUCCAUUACCAUGGGCACUGGAAGUGAACACAAUCAUGUUCCUGAGCCAUUUGAGAGCGAAAGAUUGCCUGCCUCUUUGGCUUCUGAAAUCCAGAGGUUUCUUCGUGUUGCAAAUUUGAUCGAAAGCGACGAGCCUCGUAUUGCUUACCUGUGCCGCUUUCAUGCCUUUGAAAUAGCACAUAAUAUGGACCGCAAUUCUAGUGGCCGGGGUGUUCGACAAUUCAAAACUUCCCUUCUCCAGCGACUUGAACAGGAUGAAGAAACUACAAUAACGAAACGAAAGGAAAUGAGUGAUAUACGUGAACUGAGGCGUGUUUAUCAUGCUUACAAAGAGUACAUCAUUAAACAUGAUGGAUCAUUUCAUUUAGAAAAUAGUCACAGGGAGAAGUUGAUAGAUGCACGUAGAAUUGGUUCUGUGUUGUUUGAAGUUCUAAAGACAGUUUCAAAUACAACUGGUCCUCAGGCGCUUGCUAAUAGAGGUGGCGUCCAGACAAAAUCUAAUGAUCUCUUUGUGCCAUAUAAUAUUCUACCACUUGACCCUGGAGAUAGUCAGCAAGCAAUCAUGCAACUACCUGAGAUUAAAGCUGCAGUAGCAGCUAUUCGCAAUAUUCGUGGUAUACCUUCGGCCAAUGAUUUUCAAAAACAUGGGGACUUUAUUGAUUUGUUUGAUUUUCUUCAGUACUGCUUUGGAUUUCAGGAGGGAAAUGUGGCCAAUCAGAGGGAACAUCUACUUCUACUCCUUGCUAACAUUCACAUACGGAAAACCCAUAAGCAGACAUCAGUCUUAAAGUUAGGAGAUGGUUCAGUGGAUGAGUUAUUACGGAAAUUUUUUAAAAAUUAUACAAACUGGUGCAAAUUUUUGGGUAGGAAAAGCAACAUCUGGUUGCCUUAUGUGAAACAAGAAGCCCAACAGUAUAAACUUUUGUAUCUAGGGCUUUACCUUCUUAUAUGGGGGGAGGCUGCAAAUUUGCGAUUCAUGCCAGAGUGUCUGUGUUAUAUAUUUCACCAUAUGGCAUAUGAAUUACAUGGUAUGCUAACUGGCGCUGUUAGCUUGACAUCAUGGGAGAAAGUCAUGCCAGCAUAUGGAGGCCAGUCUGAGUCUUUCCUUAACAAUGUGGUUACCCCUAUAUACACGGUUAUAAAAGAGGAAGCCAAGAAAAGCAAAAGUGGGACAGCUGACCAUUCCACAUGGAGAAACUAUGAUGAUCUGAAUGAGUAUUUUUGGUCUCCUGAUUGUUUCCAAAUAGGUUGGCCCAUGCGUCUAGACCAUGAUUUUUUCUGCAUACCGUCUUCAAAGAAACCCAAGGCUAAGAAGGCUUCAGCAUCCACUGGUUCUGUAGAAGAAAGAAGUAAGGAAGAUGGGGAGGAAGAUGAAGUAGGGGCAACUAAAAAAGAAGAUCACGAACCAAAAUGGUUAGGGAAAACAAAUUUUGUAGAAGUCCGUUCGUUUUGGCAAAUUUUCAGAAGCUUUGACAGAAUGUGGAGCUUUUUUAUUCUUUCACUUCAGGCAUUGAUCAUUAUGGCAUGCCAUGAAUUGGAAUCUCCACUUCAACUGUUUGACAAGGUUAUAUUUGAGGACGUCAUGAGCGUAUUCAUUACAUCUGCAUUUCUUAAACUCAUACGAGCAAUACUCGACAUUGGCUUUACAUGGAAAGCCAGACAAACGAUGGAGUUCUCUGAAAAAUUAAAACAUGUUAUGAAGCUGGUUGUUGCAGUAAUAUGGACUAUAAUUCUUCCUGUAUAUUAUGCUAAUUCUAGAAGAAAAUAUACCUGUUAUCCCACACGAUAUGAAAGCUGGCUUCAAGAGUGGUGUUUCUCUUCCUAUAUGGUUGCAGUUGCAAUUUAUUUGACAACUAACGCAGUUGAGAUGGUGUUAUUUUUGGUUCCUUCUAUUCGCAAAUACAUCGAGAUCUCAAAUCACCGGAUAUGCACCAUUUUGUCUUGGUGGACACAGCCUGGAUUAUAUAUUGGGCGUGGGAUGCAAGAAAGCCAACUUUCAGUGUUGAAGUAUACAUUGUUUUGGGUACUUGUACUUCUGAGCAAAUUUUCUUUCAGCUACUACUUUGAGAUAAAACCACUCAUAGAACCAACAAAACAGAUCAUGAAAAUUGGUGUGAAAAAGUACGAGUGGCAUGAGCUUUUUCCAAAAGUUCAGAGUAAUGCUGGUGCAAUUGUUGCUGUAUGGGCUCCAAUAAUAGUUGUGUAUUUUAUGGACACUCAGAUAUGGUAUUCUGUUUUCUGCACAAUCUUUGGUGGAGUCUAUGGCAUAUUGCAUCACCUUGGUGAGAUUCGGACUUUGGGAAUGUUGAGAAGUCGGUUUCACAGUUUGCCUUCUGCAUUCAAUAUUUCCCUUAUCCCACCCUCAUCAAGAAAUGAUCAAAAGAGAAAAACAGGCUUCUUUCACAAUAAAUUCAUAAAGGUGUCAAAGACUGAAAAAAAUGGUGUUGCCAAGUUUGUAUUAGUGUGGAACCAAAUUAUCAAUAAUUUCCGAACGGAGGACUUGAUAAACAACAGGGAGUUGGAUUUGAUGACAAUGCCUAUGUCAUCAGAAUUAUUUUCUGGCAUAGUCCGUUGGCCUGUUUUCCUUCUUGCGAAUAAGUUUUCAACAGCAUUGAGUAUUGCAAAGGAUUUCGUGGGGAAGGAUGAGAUUCUUGUCAGAAAAAUUAAAAAAGAUGAGUACAUGUACUGUGCUGUGAAGGAGUGCUACGAAUCAUUGAAGUACAUCCUUGAAAUCCUCGUUGUUGGUGAUCUUGAAAAAAGGAUUGUAUCUGCCAUGUUUACUGAAAUUGAAGAAAGCAUUGCAAGAUCAACUCUUCUUCAGGAUUUUAGGAUGAUUGAACUUCCACUUCUUCUAGCCAAAUGUAUUGAGUUAAUGGAACUUCUGGUUGAGGGAAAUGAAGACCAUCAUGGUAAAGUUAUCAAAAUUCUCCAAGAUAUAUUUGAGCUUGUAACCAAUGAUAUGAUGACUAGUGGCUUCAGGAUAUUGGAGUUGCUAUACUCAUUCCAACAGAUCGACAUGGACUUUGUUGAUUUUAAUAGAAGCAUUGAACCAGAACUUUUUGGGUCUGCUGAUAGCAAGAGUUCCAUCCAUUUCCCUUUGCCAGACAGUGCUGCUUUGAAUGAGCAGAUCAAGCGUUUUCAUCUAUUGCUUACUGUCAAAGAUACAGCAAUGGACAUUCCAACGAACUUAGAGGCUCGGAGACGCAUAUCAUUUUUCGCCACUUCUCUCUUUAUGAAUAUGCCCAGUGCACCCAAAUUGUGCAAUAUGCUGCCAUUCUGUGUUAUGACACCACACUACAUGGAGGAUAUUAAUUUUUCAAUGAAGGAGCUUCAUUCAAGCCAACGAGAGGUCUCCAUCAUCUUUUACAUGCAAAAAAUAUUUCCAGAUGAGUGGAAAAACUUUUUGGAGCGCAUGGGUUGUGAAAACUUGGAUGGAUUGAAAGAUAAAGGCAAGGAGGAAGAUCUUAGAAAUUGGGCUUCUUACCGGGGCCAAACGCUAAGCAGAACAGUUAGAGGAAUGAUGUACUAUAGAGAAGCCUUAAAAUUACAAGCAUUCCUUGAUGUGGCUGAAGAUGAAGAUAUUCUUGAAGGUUAUGAUGCUGUUGAAAGUAGAAAUCGUGUGUUAUCUGCCCAGCUAGAUGCAAUAGCAGACAUGAAAUUUACAUAUGUACUUUCUUGUCAAUUGUUUGGAUCACAAAAAGCUUCUGGAGAUCCACAUGCACAAGACAUUAUUGACUUGAUGAUAAGAUACCCAUCUCUGCGUGUUGCUUACGUUGAGGAGAAAGAAGAGAUGGUGGAAAACAGGCCUCGCAAAGUUUAUUCUUCUGUAUUGGUUAAAGCUGUCAAUGGUUUUGAUCAGGAAAUAUAUCGCAUAAAGCUUCCUGGUCCACCAACUAUUGGAGAAGGGAAGCCCGAAAACCAGAAUCAUGGAAUAAUCUUCACUCGUGGUGAAGCUCUCCAAACCAUUGAUAUGAAUCAAGAUAGUUAUUUGGAAGAAGCACUCAAAAUGAGAAAUCUCCUGCAAGAAUUUCUUCAGAACCAAGGACGGAGACCUCCUGCACUACUUGGUUUGAGGGAACACGUAUUUACAGGAAGUGUUUCUUCUCUUGCAUGGUUCAUGUCUUAUCAAGAGACCAGCUUCGUCACCAUUGGUCAAAGGCUUCUUGCUAAUCCACUCAGGGUACGGUUCCAUUAUGGACAUCCGGAUGUAUUUGACAGGCUAUUUCACAUCACAAGAGGUGGCAUAAGCAAAGCAUCAAAAACAAUUAACCUGAGCGAGGAUGUUUUUGCUGGAUUUAACUGUACCUUACGACGGGGAUGUAUAACUUAUCAUGAGUACAUGCAAGUUGGCAAGGGGCGUGACGUAAGUCUGAACCAGAUAUCAAAGUUUGAAGCUAAGGUUGCUAAUGGAAACAGUGAACAAACUCUAAGCCGUGAUAUAUACCACCUUGGACGUCAGUUUGACUUCUUCCGGAUGCUAUCUUGUUAUUUCACAACCAUUGGGUUUUACUUUAGUAGCCUGAUGUCAAUUAUUGGAAUCUACGUGUUCCUCUACGGACAGUUAUACCUUGUCCUUAGUGGCUUGGAAAAAGCGCUUAUAAUUGAAACUAGACUGCAGAACAUACAAUCCUUGGAAACAGCUCUUGCCUCACAGUCAUUUAUACAGCUUGGACUACUAACAGGAUUACCAAUGGUGAUGGAAAUUGGACUUGAGAAGGGGUUCCUUAAUGCACUUAAAGAUUUUGUCCUGAUGCAAUUGCAGCUGGCUUCUGUUUUCUUCACUUUCUCCUUCGGCACAAAAAUUCAUUAUUAUGGCCGAACAAUUCUGCAUGGGGGUGCUAAAUACAGACCCACUGGGCGUAAGGUCGUCGUGUUUCAUGCUAGCUUCACUGAGAACUACAGGUUAUAUUCAAGAAGCCACUUUGUGAAAGGAUUCGAAUUAUUGCUCCUGUUGACUGUUUAUGACUUGUUUAGGCGGUCCUAUCAGAGCAACAUGGCAUAUGUAUUGAUCACUUAUUCAAUUUGGUUCAUGUCAAUCACUUGGUUGUUCGCUCCAUUUCUUUUUAAUCCCUCUGGAUUCAGUUGGGAGAAGAUAGUAGAUGACUGGAAAGAUUGGAACAAGUGGAUCAGACAACAGGGUGGCAUUGGAGUUCAACAAGAUAAAAGUUGGCAGUCUUGGUGGAUAGAUGAGCAAGCCCAUCUUCGUCGUUCAGGGAUGACUUCUAGGGUGUUUGAAAUUCUCCUUUCCGUUCGAUUUUUCCUAUAUCAGUAUGGUCUGGUCUACCACCUUGACAUCUCCCAAAACAGCAGGAAUUUUCUGGUUUAUUUGCUUUCAUGGAUGGUGAUCCUCGCAGUUUUCCUUAUAGUAAAGGCAGUGAACCUUGGAAGGCAACAGUUCAGUGCUAGAUAUCACCUAGUGUUUAGGCUAUUUAAAGCCUUCCUCUUCUUGGGUGUUCUUUCUGUCAUACUUGCUCUCUAUUUCGUAUGUAAACUAUCCUGGAAGGACAUACUUGUCUGCUCUCUAGCAUUUUUCCCAACAGGGUGGGGUUUGAUAUUGUUUGCACAAGCUGUGAGACCCCUGAUAGAGAAUACUGGAUUGUGGGAAUUCACCAGAGUACUUGCUAAAACAUACGAUUACGGAAUGGGAGUUGCUCUCUUUGCACCUAUUGCUGUCUUUUCCUGGCUUCCGAUUUUAUCAGCAUUCCAGACUCGUUUCCUGUUCAACGAGGCCUUCAAUAGGCACUUACAAAUCCAACCAAUUCUUGCAGGGAAGAAGAAGAACAGAUGAUUUUAUUGGCCCUGAAUGAUUCUUAGUAUAUAUUCUGUACAGUCAAAUUAUAUUGACAAAUCUUUAUAGGUUUUGGAAUUGUUAUACAUAUGCAGCAGAUAUCAGUAGAUCAUGCAAUCACCGGCAUAAAAGAUAUAGUUUCAUUAGUUAAGAAAUGAAAGAUACUAUAGGGUCCAUUGAGACAAUGUUGUAUAUCUAAUAUUGAAAUCAAUAAAAUUAUUGGUGACAGAUUCAGAAGA